ACUGCCAGUCUUCUUCCAACUACCAAAGUGGUUAGCAAUCUUACACUUUAAGUAAAGCUAGUGAAGGCGCGAUCGCUCAGUGGAUUACUCAUAGCACCUGUGCUCCCAUUUGUGAUCAUUUUCCCAGUAUCAAUUACCAUUCAAUAAAGAUGACUCUCGUUCAGCCAUCCGGAGAUAUGUGCGUGCAGAUUCGCCAGGAGCUGCGUGAACCGGACUCACCUGAGGAGAUUGACCGUGACAUCGGACUUAUCCGUGAGUGGCUCGAUAAACAGCCACACUUGCCAAAAGAUAUGGAUGACGGUCGUCUUCGGACAUUCUUGCGUGGAUGCAAAUUUAGCUUGGAGAAGGUUAAGAGAAAACUGGACAUGUACUACACCAUGAGAAAUGCUGUUCCGGAAUUCUUCAAUGAUCGCGACAUCGAUCGGCCCGAUUUGAAGGAAAUCAUGGACAAUUGCCAUAUCCCACCUCUACCCGGACUUACUCCCAACGGUCGUCGUGUUACCAUCUUGAGGGCUCUCGACAAAGAUAUUCCUACACCAAAUGCCGCUGAAGCCAUGAAGCUUGUCAUGAUGAUUGGAGACAUUCGUCUCCUUGAAGAAUCUGUCGGUGUUGCCGGAGAUGUGUUCAUUUUUGACGCCGUUGCAGCUUCCCCCAAGCACAUACCUAAAUUUACGCCACAAAUCCUUAAGAAGUUCUUCAUUUGUGUACAGGAAGCCUAUCCAGCUAAAAUCAAGGAAAUCCAUGUAAUUAAUGUCUCACCUUUGGUGGACAGCUUGGUAAACUUUGUUAAACCAUUCCUCAAAGAGAAGAUUCGCAACCGUAUCUUCUUGCAUAGCAAUAUUGAUGAACUCUACAAAUACGUUCCUAAAUCCAUGCUCCCAAGCGAGUAUGGUGGUGAUGCUGGACCUAUUCGUGAUAUCAAUGAACAAUGGCGUCAGAAAUUGAGAUCAUACACGCCAUGGUUCAAGGAACAAGAGAAUUCUAAAGCCAAUGAAUCCCUUAGGCCAGGUGCUCCAAAGACUGCUGAUGACUUGUUCGGAAUGGAUGGUACCUUCCGCAAGUUGACGAUUGAUUAGAUACUUAGAGAAACAACUCAUAUUCAGAUUGAUACUCUUCCAAUUUUGGGACAAUAGAGCCACCAUAUAUCACAAAUCUCAUAUAUAGAAUCGAAAAAAAAAAAACUAUUCCAAUCUCAUCUGUGACCUCCAACAUCCAUCUUUUCUAGACCAAUCUUGCAGCGAACCAUGUACAUAACUUUUCUCAUGUGAAAUACAAUACACAAUGUUGUAGUAUUAAUCAGAAAUUGUCACUCAUUACUGCACCACAUUUUUUUGUUUAUAAUAUUUGCACAAAGCCAAUUGCAUAAAUUUUUUUAUACAUAUUAUACAUAAUACAUAGAUUAUCAUGUGAUAAUGUGUUGAUUUCUAUCAUUCUUUUUUGUAUACGUAAAUUUUUUUGUGAAAGAAAAUUUUGAAUAAAGAUCUUUAAUCCGUUUCUCAAGGUA